AUGGCCAGCUCACGAAUGUACCUCUUCGGAGGCCCUCAUCCCUGGUCGCCAAACGACUGGACCUCGCAAGACGACCGCGUCCGCGGCGGCGCCUCAACCUCUUACCUCACCGCAUCCCCCGAUAGUACGUCUGCAUCAUUCACCGGAACCCUCGACAUCAGCACCCUCGGCGGCGCAGGCUUCGCGUCGCAGCGCACAACGGUCGAAAAGAGCUGGGAUUUGUCGGCGUAUGACGGGUUAGAGCUGGAUAUCGACGCCACGAACUCGGAUGGGAAGAAAUACACGCUUAUUUUGAAGGAUGCGAAGGGGAUUCUCCCGCCUAGGGAUGAUGGGCGCGAGAGGAGCGGGUUGAGCUGGGAGGUGGAUUUCGAACCCACCGGUAGGGAUCCGAAGGGGAAGGUUGUGGUUCGGUGGGAGGAUCUGAGACCGACGUAUCGAGGGAAGGAGGUUGGGGAUGUGGAAAAGUUGGAUUUGAGGGACAUCAAGAGGUUUAGUCUUAUGAUGCGGAGGUUUGUUCUCCUUUCUGCAUUCCUUGCUAUCGAUGCUAAUGUGGUUGGCAGUUUCUUUGGGACGCAGGAGGGCGAGUUCAGACUGGCGAUUGUCUCCAUUGCUGCUUGGAAGGAUGAGGAGAAGGAUGGUCUCGAGAAGAAGGGGGGGAUCGUUGUUGAGACCAAGGAGACGAUUGACGAUGAUGAGAGCUGGAGUGUCUUCGGGGACCUCGACAACUCGCAGCCAGCCUGCUGUGUGAUUUUAUAG